UAUGCCAGCCUUUGUCUCUCUGUUGAAGGCCCUUCCAAGGCUGAAAUCGAAUGCCAUGAUAACCAGGACGGUACUUGUCGCGUAACUUACGAGCCGACGGAGCCAGGUCUCUAUCUUGUCAACGUAAAGUAUGCUGACGAACACGUGCCCGGCAGCCCAUUCAAUGUGCACAUCGGUGGAGACCCAUCCCCUCGACUGCGCCAGCAUAUUCACACCAAACGUGAAGCCGCUUCUACCACUCACGUAGGAAGUCAAUGUGAACUUGGCUUGCACAUACCAGGCUUUAACUAA